GUCACUACAGAGCGCCGCAGAACCUAGCAAUCCAGCUAGCAACGUUAGCUCGCGUUUGGAAAGGAUGUGUUUGACAACUUUACGCUUCAUGUUGUGGGGUGUUUUAUCGUGUUAGAUGAUCCACCAACCGCCCCGGUGCCGAGUAGUUGUUUGCUUAUGUCUCAACUGGCAGUCGUUAUGGCAGAGGAGGAGGAUUUAUCACCAAACCUUCUGACAGAGGACAUGAAACACAGCAAUGGCGGCUUCGUACCUCCAGACGGUUUAUGCUGGGUGUCAGUGCUGUCCUGUCUGCUGCUGGCGUGUUCGUAUGUUGGGAGUUUAUACGUGUGGAGGAGUGACCUGCCGAGGGAUCACCCCACUGUGAUAAAGAGACGCUUCACUAGUGUGCUCAUCGUGUCGGGCCUGUCGCCUCUCUUCGUGUGGACAUGGAGAGAAUUCACAGGUGUCAGGACUGGCCCAUCGUUACUGGCUCUCAUGGGGAUCCACUUUGAAGGCCUCAUUCCGGCCGUCAUACUUCCUCUGAUGCUCACUAUGGUCCUGUUUCUGGGCCCUCUCAUGCAGUUGGGCAUGGACUGUCCCUGGAGCUUUAUGGAUGGGAUCCGGGUGGCCUUAGACCCGUGCUUCUGGAGGCUGUGUUUCAGCGACAUGCGUUGGUUGAGGAAUCAGGUGGUGGCGCCGUUAACAGAGGAGCUGGUGUUCAGGGCCUGCAUGCUGCCCAUGCUGGUUCCCUGUGCUGGGCCUCUCACCGCCAUUUUCACCUGCCCCCUAUUCUUUGGAGUCGCUCACUUCCACCAUGUGAUUGAGCUGCUGCGGUUCAGGCAGGGCACGCUGUCAGGGAUCUUCCUCUCUGCAGUGUUCCAGUUCUCCUACACAGCAGUGUUUGGGGCCUACACUGCCUUCAUCUUUAUCAGAACAGGUCACCUGAUAGGUCCGGUUCUCUGCCACUCCUUCUGUAACUACAUGGGUUUCCCAGCAAUCAGUGCAGCGAUGGAGCACCCCCACCGCCUUACUGUCCUCUCCUCCUACCUAAUGGGGGUCCUGCUCUUCCUCUUCCUCCUCUUCCCCUUCACUGACCCCUCCUACUACGGCCUCCCCACACCGGUGUGUACUCUCACCUCCUCCCCCAGCUCCCUCUGCCUCUCCUGAUCCCUGCCCCCCCCACUUUUCUGCAGUUUUCAUGUCACCUUCCGCUGACCAAGCAGUUGGGGAUUUAUAUAUAUAUUUUUUGCCAAGUUAGAGUUCAGGUCCGGUCCAGUUUGGACUGACCGCUUUAACAUCCAUGUUGACUAAGUUGCCACGGAGAGGGCUGGGGGAAAGCUGUAGUGGUCCUAUGGUCGAGGGACCCUUGAUAUGUCGAUGCAUUUGACAUAUUCCGCGACCUACGCUGCCACCCUGAUACUGGUUUCAGUUUAGGUGGAACACUGAAGAUCCUCUCACACUUAUGGAUCUCAUCCGUUUGUGAUGAAGAGUCAUAAUGUACCAUUUUGGAGUACCUAAUUCCCACUCAACACGCCUCGUCUUAACGCAUCAUUCCUGUUUAUGACACUUAGGUCUUAUUUUCGUAAUUUUGGCAGCCAUUUAUAUCGGUAACAAUAAAAUGAAAGAGUCUAUAGUAAACAUCAAUCCACUUCCUUGUUCAAGGUCUGAUCUACUGCACUUGUAAUAGUGUACGCAUACAUUAGGGCCGCAACUGUUGACUUUUUAUGCGUAAGCAAUUUUAUAUUUAUAUUGGCUCUUUCUGGCCAUACCUUGGCUUCUGCUGUAUGAUGCUUCCAAAUGUUUAAAAAAAAGAAGUAAAACAUUGGCCAGUAUAGCGAAAGUUUUUAAGUAAAAUAUUGAUAAUGGCAUUUUGGGCGGGCUCUAAUUGUUAAGGACAUUUUAACUGUUUGAUCUCCAGUAAUGGUUUAGAUAAUCUGGCUAAACUGUUGGUUUAUUUAUAACAUGUCUGAAUUUCAGAGUUCUGCUACCUAACAGGUCUCAACUAGGUAUUAGGUUUUGGGUUCGGCUUGGGCUCAUUUUGUAGGGUUGGAAUUUUCAAUUUGGCAGUAAAAGGCCUGGUCUGGUAUGUGUGCGUGUGUAUAUAUAUAUAUAUAUAUAUAUAAAAGUUGUAAUAAACCGGAGUUAUCCUUUUAAUGCUUUUGAGCAUCUCCUUAGUGACACACAGUUGGGUUGUUGGUUAUACAGUAUUCCAGUGAAGACAGGAAGGGUCCCAAAGCUUACAAAAAA